CAAUUUGUUUGCCAUAUUCAUUAAUCACACGUGCGGAAUGUGCGGAGUGUUAAAAAAUCAUCUGGCGGAUAUUGGAGGUGAUGAUACAGAUAAUCCAGUGGAUAUUUUAGAGCGCAUUAAGUUGAGCGCUAUUUUGCAAACUAAUGUUAUCGGAUUUAUAAACGACCUGGAGUCAUCCUACACUAUAGCUCUUUUAACCCUCGUCGGGGUUAAUAUGAUGGUUAUAACCAUGACCGGUAUGAUGGUUAUCAUCAACGUCCACGAUCCAAGUCAGAUAAUUCGUUACACUGCAUUCAAUAGUGGCAACAUAUUCCAUCUAUUCUGGUGCAGCUGGCAGGGUCACAAUCUAAUUGUUCAAAGUGAAUCGGUGUUCACAUCGGUGUAUCAGAAUAAUUGGUACAGAAUACCCUGCAAGUACCAAAAAAUGCUACUACCACUCAUGAUGAGGAGUUUAACGCCAUGUCAAAUAACAGCUGGUAAACUCUACGUCAUGUCAAUGAAUAGCUUCGGGGGUGCAAUGAGGAUGACUCUGUCUUUUCUCACUCUCCUACUAUCAGUCCGAUGAAACGACAACAAAUCAACUGUCGACUCGUCUGUAUUAUUUUUGUAAAUUCAAUAUACGAUC